GUAGCGCUGCCUGCGCGCAGGGCGGCCCCGCCGCCGGCCAAGGAGCGACCCGGCCGGUCCCACCGGCUCUGCCGCCCCGCCCGGGCCCGCCGCUGCCCUCCAUGAGCGGCCUUGCCCCGCGGCGGGCCGGGCCGAGCGGCGCGGCGGGCCGGGCGGUGCCGCGGGCAGCCCGGGGGCAGCCGGCCCGGGCGGGGGGCGGCGGAGCGGGACGGGAGCGCGGCGCGGUGACGCAGCAGCGGAGCCGUGAGGAUGAGGGGCCGGAUCCCGCCCGCGCUCUGCCUGGCCGUGGCCCUGGCUGCGCUGCUGCCCGCCGCCUGCGCCCGCCGGAGCCAGGACCUGCACUGCGGAGCGUGUCGGGCACUGGUGGAUGAGCUGGAGUGGGAGAUCGCCCAGGUCGACCCCAGGAAAACCAUCCAGAUGGGCUCGUUCCGGAUCAACCCUGACGGCAGCCAGUCGGUUGUGGAGGUGCCCUACGCCCGGUCGGAGGCACAUCUGACAGAGCUGCUGGAGCGGGUGUGCGAGAAGAUGAAGGAAUAUGGGGAAAAAGUGGAUCCAUCCACGCACCGGAAGAGCUACGUCCGGGUGAUCUCCCACGACGGGACCAAGAUGGACCUCUCCGGGGUCAAAAUCGAUGGAGACGUGGCUUCCAGCCUGAAGUUUGCGUGUGAGAGCAUUGCCGAGGAGUACGAGGACGAACUCAUAGAAUUCCUCUCCCACGAGGCCGACAACGUCAAGGACCGGCUCUGCAGCAAGCGGACGGACCUGUGUGACCACGCGCUCCACAUCCCGCACGAUGAGCUGUGACGCAGACAACCCUGGCUGCCUCCAGAGGACGGUGCCGACCUGCCCCGGCGGCCUUGUGCGACCAGGAUGGUGCCAGGCUCCGUCCAGACGUCCCCUACCUCUCGGUUCACCUCGUCCCCACCGGAACCAGCAGACGUGCUGGGGCAGACCGCGGCUCAGCAGCCGGCCUGGUGCUCUUGUCCUAUUUAUUCACUGUCCGUCCGCUGCAGCUGCGGUGCCGGGGGCACCGGGACACCGGGGGCACCGGGACACCGGGGGCACUGGGACACCGGCCUCGCUUCCCCACAGGGUAGCCACCGGAGCCGGGGCCGGGCCCUCGCUCCUGCUGGGACGAUGCAGCGGGCAGGCUGCCAGCCAGGGGACACGGCAGGGGACACCGGGGCUCAGCUGCCCCCACCAGGGUGGGGUGCUCAGGCAUCUGGGGCCGGUUGUGGGACCCCCCCCCCUCGCUGCAGGCAAUAAAGGGGCUGUGCGGCAGCUGUGCCGCGGGCCCACCCGAG